AUGUUACAAGUGAACCGCAAGCUCCUGGAACUGGCAUUUACUCACCCUUUUCUAAUGCACGCCUCCCUCGCCGUGGCAUUCACGUACGACCGCCAUCUGAACAGCCCCUCAGAUUAUCACCGGACUCGAGAAGAGUGCUAUCACUGGUCUCAAAGCGCAGGCCUCUUCCACAAGCGAUUAAGUGAACCAAUCACGGCCAAAGACAAGGAUCCAAUCUGGGGUACUGCGGCUGCUCUGGCUGUUCUGACCUUUUCAUCUCCCGAAGCAACCUCACCUGAAGAGUCGUGGCCACUCAAGUCAUCUGGCCCUUUAGAUCUCAACUGGUUGCGUUUGAGCGAAGGGAAGAUGGCAUUGUGGCACACAGUCAACCCGCUGCGACCGGACAGUCUUUUCCAUGUCAUGGCGGCUACUUAUGCUCAGAUGUACGCGCCCUUUCCAGAGACAGGUACGAAUGGCGUCCCCAUAGACUUGGCUGCCUUGUGUCGGCUCGACGGCUCAUCUACGUCGGAAAACAAUCCGUAUUUCGAUGCCGUCCACGGAGUAUCCCGGAUCCUGGAUAUCCCAGACGACGAGCUUACAACUGGUCCAACUCAGCUCUUUUUCCGCAGUAUUCGUGGCCAGUUCAAAAACCUUCUUUGGACAAGGGAUCCUAUAGCAUUAUUGCUACUCUAUCUCUGGUAUCGCAAGGGAAGUCGUAGUAUAUGGUGGAUUGAACUCAGAGCAAGGGUGGAGUGUCCCUCCAUCUAUUCAUAUCUGCGGUUGUAUCAUGGAGACAAUUGCGCUAUACAGGCGUUUCUUCCGGGGGGAGCUCUCGCAGAUAAAUGGAACUAG